UGAGUCCACUAACUCUGUGUUUCUCUCCAAAAGGCUGGGGGAUCUGAAAGAGAGCCAGGAGGAAGUGCCAGCAUCUCUGACCUUGGCAGUCUUUCUAGGAAGAUGCAGCCACUCCUGCUCCUGGUGGCCUUUCUCCUGACCCCCAGGGCAAAGGCAGGGGAGAUCAUCGGGGGCCAUGAAGCCAAGCCCCACUCCCGCCCCUACAUGGCGUAUCUUCAGUACCGGAUUCAGGAUGACAAGAUGAUGUGCGGUGGGUUCCUGGUUCGACAGGACUUCGUGCUGACAGCUGCUCACUGCAACGGAAGCUCAAUCAGUGUCACCCUGGGGGCCCACAACAUCAAACAGCGGGAGAGGACCCAGCAGGUCAUCCGGGUGAGAAGAGCCAUCCCCCACCCAGGCUAUAAUUCUAAGGACCUCUCCAACGACAUCAUGCUAUUAAAGCUGGAGAGAAAGGCCAAGCAGACGUCAGCUGUGAAGCCCCUUAGUCUGCCCAGGGCCAUGGCCCGGGUGAAGCCAGGACAGGCGCGCAGUGUGGCCGGCUGGGGGAGGGACUCCAUGACCACCUACCCUGAGACGCUGCAGGAGGUAAAGUUGAUCGUGCAGGAGGAUCGAAAGUGUGAGUCCCACUUAGGCAACUGUUACAACCACACCACCCAGCUGUGUGUGGGGGACCCAAAGACAAGGAAAACCUCCUUUCAGGGGGACUCUGGGAGCCCUCUCAUAUGUGGCAAUGUGGCCCAGGGCAUUGCCUCUUAUGGACGAAAAGAUGGAUCAACUCCACGGGCCUACACCAAACUCUCAAGUUUCCUGCCCUGGAUAAAGAAAACCAUGAAAAGCCUCUGA